AGUCAAAUUUCCAUUUGGGUUUGAUGAAUUCUCCGUCAAUCCCAUUGGGUUUGUGACAAAAAUUCGGUGAAGUUGCACGCUUUCACACAUUGUUUGACUUUGGGUUUGCGUACAAUUCAAGCGCACCUCCAUUCUUAGCGUAUUCGUCCUCUUUUUCUUACAUUGCAUUUUUUGCAUUUUCUCUCUUCUUGUUAAUGAUCUUUUUUCUGUUAUUCCCAUUUGUCCAGUUUUUCUUUUCUUAAUUGAUGUUUGGUAGAUUUUUUUUGGAGCCAAAAAAAACAAAGGGUCUCACUUCUAUUGUUCUCUUCAUCUUCUUCUUUAUUUCUUCAUUCUGAAUCGAUUAUUCAUUCACACACAAAAAGAAAGAGAAGGAGAUAAAAGGGUGUGAGAGAGAAUCUAUAUUUUUGGUCAGUGAUUGUGCCUUUUUGGGCUAUUGGCCGCCUUAUAUGAUCUGGGUCUCUGCUUCCACCAUUUCUGCAGUUUAUUGAUUUGUUUGAGCAGGUAAAAGCUUCAUUGUUUUUGAGCAGAUAGCAUUGCGCAUUAUGGGUUGGCUUCACAAAAUCUUUAAAGGUUCUGGUGGUAGAGUUCCAGAACAGCAUAAUAAUGGGAAUCAUAGAGAGUACCCAAAUUAUUAUGGACCUUCUACUUCAGGGGGUAUGUGGUCAGGGCGGGAGAAUGAAGAUAUAGACCACGCUAUUGCACUAUCACUUCUAGAAGAAAACCAGGGGAGAAGUGCAAUAGAUAAUGGACAUCAGCUGGAGGACGAUGAACAACUUGCCCGAGCCAUACAAGAAAGCCUGAACUUUCAGUAUCCUCCAAGACCUCCACAAUAUGGACACGGAAAUAUUUAUCAGCCUGUUCCAGUUCAUUUUCCAAUGGGGUUCAGGAUUUGUGCUGGUUGCAACACUGAGAUCGGUCAUGGACGAUUCCUAAAUUGCCUGAAUGCAUAUUGGCAUCCAGAAUGUUUCCGUUGCCAUUCUUGUAACCUUCCAAUUUCUGAUUAUGAGUUCUCUAUGUCUGGGAACUACCCUUUUCAUACAUUUUGCUAUAAAGAGUGCCAUCAUCCAAAAUGUGAUGUCUGCAAGCACUUCAUUCCAACAAACCCUGCUGGUCUGAUUGAAUAUAGGGCACAUCCUUUCUGGAUUCAAAAGUACUGCCCCUCUCAUGAACAUGAUGGUACUCCACGAUGCUGCAGCUGUGAGCGAAUGGAGCCGAGGGACACAGGAUUUGUUGGCCUUAACGAUGGGCGGAAGCUCUGUUUGGAGUGUUUGGACUCUGUCAUUAUGGACACCAGCGAAUGCCAAUCCCUUUAUCGUGAGAUAAAAGCAUUUUAUGAAGGUUUAAAUAUGAAAGUAGACCAGGAAGUUCCAUUACUCCUGGUUGAAAGGCAAGCAUUAAAUGAGGCCAGGGAAGGAGAAAAACAUGGCCAUUAUCACAUGCCAGAGACUCGAGGGCUCUGCCUUUCUGAGGAGCAGACUGUCAGCAGUAUUCUAAGGAGACCAAGAUUUGGGAGAGGAAAUCGAGCCGUGGACAUGAUAACAGAACCCUUCAAAUUGACACGUCGAUGUGAAGUGACCGCAAUUCUCAUUUUAUAUGGCCUUCCAAGGCUACUUACUGGCUCAAUCCUGGCUCAUGAAAUGAUGCAUGCAUGGAUGCGACUACAAGGUUUCCGGACUCUCAGUCAGGAUGUUGAGGAGGGUAUUUGUCAAGUGCUAGCACACAUGUGGUUGCACUCUGAGCUCUCAUCCAUUUCAGGCAGCAAUGUUGCAUCAAGUUCAUCCUCAUCUUCCUGGAGAACAUCAAAAAUGGAAACAAGAUCUCAAUUCGAUAAGAAGCUAGGGGAGUUCUUCAAGCACCAGAUUGAAUCAGACCGUUCCCCAGUCUACGGAGAUGGCUUCAGAGCAGGCCAGCAAGCAGUUCAUAAGUAUGGCCUUAGACGAACCCUCGACCACAUACGCAUGACAGGGAGAUUUCCUUAUUGAAUUCCAAAAAUUCUUACUACAUUUCUUCAUUCUUUCACAUUGGUUAAAGCUUGGCCUUUUCAUAUUAGAGCUUAAGGUCCAAGCACAUAGGAUGAUCAUCUCUUUCUAUAGAGUAGGAUUCACUGUUCAGAGAUUCCAUUUCCUUACGGCUGUUAGUGACAUCAAUUUCUUGUUUUUGAUUAAUUCAUUAUAUGAUUAUAUUCUUCAUUUGGUAUAGUUUAUGUUACAAUAGUUCACUCUAUUUGGAUUAGCUGUACCUUCUUAAAAAUAGGCUUUUUCACAAAUUUAUUUUUUGUUGUACAGUGAGAAACAAUCAUCUCAUCUCAUCUCAUUUGCAUGUUAUGUAAUUAGAAGUCAAGACUUUUUAUUU